UGGAAAGAUAAUCCUGAAGCUACUGUUGAUGAUUUGGAACGUCCAGGAAAAUAUACUAGCGAGGCCGAGCAUGUUUUGUUGCGUUAUGAUGAUGCUUCUGUGUAUAAGCGUAUCUUCAAUCCACUAAUAUCAAUGGAAGCGGAAUAUGACAAGAAAAUUAAAGAAUCGAUUAGUUGUCCUGUUGGUCAAGUUAAAUGGGAGGUUAAAUCAGCAACCAAGGUGCAUGCAACUUUUCAAUUGCCUGGAUUUCGUGAUGGAAAUAUGAAAUUAAUGAUUGGAGAUGAUCUACGUUUAAAACAUUACCAAACAUUAGAUGGAAGUGAGUGGAAUUGUAUGGGACGUCUAAUUAAAAUUCCUGACAAUCAUAACGAAGACUUUUCUUUGGAAAUGUUUGCAAGUAGCAAUAAAAUUCCUACUGAUAGACGUACAAAUUUUAUAUGUGAAUAUGUUUGGAAUUCUACAUCUUUUGAUAGAAUGUUUGCUGCUCUUGGACGAUUGGAAUCUAAAGAGAAUUGUGUUUCUCAAUAUAUUUAUCAUAAAUUAAUGGGUCAUGAUGUUGAUGAUAUUUUGUUUAAGCUGGUUAUGCCAAAGAAAUUUUCGGCUCCUGGACUUCCUGAAUUAAACCACAGUCAAAUUUCUGCAAUUAAAGCUGCUCUGCAACGUCCGCUUUCAUUAAUUCAGGGUCCUCCAGGAACAGGUAAAACAGUUACGUCGGCCACUCUUGUUUAUCAUCUUGUAAAACAAACAAGCGGUCAAGUUCUUGUCUGUGCACCUUCAAAUAUUGCUGUAGAUCAAUUAGCUGAAAAAAUUCAUAAAACUGGAUUGAAGGUUAUCCGUUUUUGUGCAAAAGGACGUGAAACUGUAGAUAGUUCUGUUGCUUUUUUGGCUUUACACAAUCAACUUAAAGCGCUUCAAUCAGGAGAACUCUUUAAAUUAAUGAAAUUAAAGGAAGAAAUUGGAGAACUCUCACAAGCUGAUCAAAAUCGUUUCAUGUCGCUUAGACGUCAAAGAGAGAAUGAAUUAUUAUCGAAAGCAGAUGUUAUCUGUUCAACCUGUAUUACUUCUGCAGAUAUUCGUUUAGCUAAAAAAGAAUUUCGCUGUGUUUUAAUUGAUGAAAGCACACAAGCUACUGAACCUGAAGUAAUGGUUUCUGUUGUGAAAGGUGCUCGUCAGCUUGUAUUAGUUGGUGACCAUUGUCAACUUGGCCCAGUAAUUAUGUGCAAAAAAUCGGCAAAUUCUGGUCUUGGACAAUCUCUUUUUGAACGUCUUGUGAUCCUUGGAAAUCGACCUUUACGAUUACAAGUUCAAUAUAGAAUGCAUCCUGUUUUGUCAUCCUUUCCUAGCAAUGUAUUUUAUGAAGGUUCUUUGCAAAAUGGAGUUGCCGAAAUGGAACGAAAACUUGACACUUUUUCUUGGCAAUUCCCUAAUCCUGAUAAACCAAUGAUGUUUUGGAAUUGCAACGGACAGGAAGAACUUGGCUCUUCAGGAACUUCUUAUUUGAAUAGAUCUGAAGCUGUGAAUGUUGAAAAAUUUGUUACUCGAUUGCUACAGGCUGGAUUUUCUCCCGAACAAAUUGGAAUUAUUACUCCAUAUGAAGGUCAACGAGCAUAUGUUGUCCAAUUUAUGCAAACUCAAGGAUCACUUCAUAGCAAAUUGUAUUUGGAUAUUGAAGUAGAGAAUGUUGACGCUUUUCAGGGUCGAGAAAAGGAUAUAAUAAUCGUUACUUGUGUUCGAUCAAAUGAGGCUGGUGGUAUUGGUUUUCUUAACGAUCCACGACGUUUAAAUGUUGCUUUAACACGUGCAAAAUAUGGUUUAAUUAUAAUUGGAAAUGCAAAAGUUUUGAGUAGACAAUCAUUAUGGCAUCAUUUGUUAGUGACAUUUAAAGAGAAUGACUGCCUUUUUGAAGGACCUUUAAAUAAUUUGAAGCCAUCUCCAAUAACUUUUCCUAAACCGAAACCUUUGACGGCACAACAUAUGCCUGGAUCCCGUUAUGUGAAUCGAACUCUUGGUUUUACAAUGAAAGAACUUGGUAUUGGUCCAUAUGCUUCGAUUCGUUCUGUUCCUGUUGUUCAACAGCAUCCAUUGCAACAAUUUCAAGAUCCACAAGGAAUGAUUUAUCCCAAUUUUCCUAUGGGAGCUCGAGCAUUGGGUUCUCAACUACCUGUCCCUAUUCAUAUGUUCUCUUCUUUUGUACCUGCGCCUCCACAAAUGCCUCCAAUGCCACCUCCACACCCAAUUCCAUUAAAUUCAAUUCAUUUAUCUGGAGUAAAUAAUGGAAUAGGAGGAACAACGAGAAAGAAAAUGUCUAAAAGAUCUAAUUCUCAACGAAGUUCAAAUAGUACCAGUAGUACCAAUAUUAUAAAUAAUUUCAACUCGCAAGCUUCACAAGAACAAUUUCUUCCAGGAGUAGGAUUUAUUAGCCAAAAUUCUCAACUUUCACAAGGAGGAAUUUACAGUGAUUACGAUGGCUCUCAACUAGGAGGAGCUUCACAAUCACAACAAUUUCCAUUUCAACAUCCAGCUCUUCCUUCAAUGCAAUUUAGUCAACAAAGAGAUUUGGUUGAACAACAAUUGCAAAAUUUAAUGCUUUCUCAGCAAUCUGAAGCAGCCAGAAAGCAUUGA